AUGAACUUGGAAUGUCUUUCAUCGAUUUCAGAUUCUCAUGCACCUUCUUUCACUUUAGCUUUUAACUAUUCAUCGAUUCAAAUUGUUAAAAGUUAUAGAAGUGAUCCCUCGAUUGCAGGCGUCAGCAUUUGGAGACAUGUCCUUGGCCCAAAUGAUUCCAUUGAUGGAAUUGAGUUUGUUCUUAGAAAAUAUGUUGUUUCUCUUUCAUCCGAGGGGAAUUCUUUAAGAGCGUGGAACCUUCCUGAUGGUCAGAUGGUGUGGGAAUCUUUUCUUCAGGGCACCAAUCCAUCAAAGUCACUUCUAUUGGUUCCAAGUGAUGUAUUUUCUGAAUCUGGUUCCUUUCAUCAAAAAGAGUUUGAAGCCAACCAGGAGCCUGUGAUUCUAGUUUUUGGUAGAAGUUGUGUGCAUGCUGUCUCUUCCCUGAACGGUGAGGUUAUUUGGAAUAUCGACUUAACAGAGAACAGGGUAGAAAUUCAAAAAAUCAUUCAGCCUCAUGACAGUGAUAUCAUUUAUGCUGUGGGAUUUUCAAGUCCAACCCAAUUUGAUCAAUUUCAAAUAAAUAUUAAUAGUGGAGAGUCGCUGAAGCACCAUACGGCAACAUUUUCUGGUGCCUUUUCUGGAGAAUUAGUAUCAGUUUCUGAUGACGUGCUAGUCACAUUUUACGCCACUAGGUCAAAUCUAGCUAUAAUAAACCUUAAGAAUGGGGAAGUUAGGAUUAUAAAGUCACCUAUUGCACAUCUCGUCGGUGAAUUUUCUGGGUUAAUUGAAAUAGUGCCUUCAAAGCUUUCAGGAUUACUUGCUGUUAAAGUUAAUUCUAUUUUAGCAUUAGUUCCAGUAAAAGAUGAAGGUGAGGUGGAGAUGGUAGAUAAAAUUCACGGUCAGGCAACUCUAAGUGAUGCUCUCUUAGUUUCAGAGAGUCAGCGUGCAGCUGCCUUAGUUCAGCAUGAGGGAAGUCAUAUGCAUCUCAGUGUAAAGCUUAUUGAUGACUGGAGCAGUAAUUUUAUUGAGGAAAAUAUAUUAAUUGAUGACCAAAGAGGAUCCGUACAGAUGGUUUUUCUAAACUCUUACAUUCGGACAGAUGGGUCUCAUGGUUUCAGGGCUCUGAUUGUCAUGGAAGACCAUUUCCUGUUGUUAGUACAACAAGGUGAAAUUGUCUGGAGCAGGGAAGAUGGCCUUGCCUCUAUCAUAUAUGUAGUGACAUCUGAACUGCCUGUUGAAAACAAAGGCGUUUUUAUAGCAAAAGUGGAGAACAAUCUCAUGGAAUGGCUACAGGUAUGCAAACUCUUUCAAAACUUUAUGAGUUAAAUUAUGUAAAAGUGAUAAUGUCUCUAAUAUUAAAAAUCAUUAUUACAUACAUUUUCAGCCUACUAUUUGGUUACGUUUACAUGGUAGUCUCUAGUUUGAAUGUAUUAUUAUUAUUAUUAUUUUGCUCUGGUCAGUCGAUAUCUCUUUA